CAGGGCUUUUGGCGGCGUUCGGCGCACGGCAGCCGAGCCGCAUCACACUCGUCCUCGGGGCAGAUAAUUCGGUUCCUCAGAUCUUUUGGGUGAAAUUCUCUCGAACAGGUCCUCUGCACUUCUUGCUGCUGCUGCUUCUUACAAUCAUGCCGUCGCCUGAGUUUAUAGCAAAACCCCCGGACGGCUUCUCGUUCCUGUCCAUCGUGCGCGGGUUCCAGCUGACCCUCUUAGGUGCCUACCGGGCGCUGCAGAACCCUGAUCUGCUACGAGCAAAGUACUACAAGCAGGCCCUCUACGCAGUCCUGAUCUCGCUCGGUAUCCAGCUCGUGAUCUCGGUCCCGCUAUGGAUUUUCAAGAUCUCUUUGCGUGUCUGCAUCUGGCUGUUCGAUACCGCGGACGACACCGACGCUGUCGCACGUGCGCUGUCGAUAAUCAAGAACGUCGAGUUCGUGGAGGAGCACGUUAUCAACUUGAGCGGGCUUCUUAUCGGUCUCAUGCGCUAUAUCCGGCCAGAGAUGGACGAGAUGUUUAUGGAGUCCAUUAAAUUUAUCGAUAAGGUGUAUUUCAACAUGCAUCCCGAGAAAGCAGUCCCCGCCAAACUCGCAGACGGCACGCUCACCGACGGUCCUUCUCGCUUCUACGCCCCGCUGUCGCAGUACACCUCGACCUCCGCGCGCGCGCUCUCCAAGAAACGCAACAUCGAGGCAAAGACCGAGGCCGAGACCGACGAUCUGCCCGCAAACAACAACGCCGCGCGCUUCGUGGCCAGAUACGUCCGCCGCUCGGUGUUCUCGGUCGGCAUAUACUUUCUCUCGUCGAUCCCCUACGUCGGAACAAUCAUCCUUCCCAUCGUCUCGUUCUACUCCUUCCGCAAGACCGUCGGCGUCACCCCUGCUGUUGUCGUCUUUGCCUCCGGGUUGUGUCUUCCGCGUAAGGUCUUAACGCGAUUCAUCGCCGCCUACUGGGGCGGAAGAAGUCUGUGUCGCGAGCUACUGCUGCCGUAUUUCGCACGCAUCCCCUUCACCCGCCGCGAGCGCGAGCAAUGGUAUCACGCCCGCGAAGGCGUUCUCUUUGGUUUCGGAUUCGGCUUUUAUUUCCUGCUGAAAAUGCCCUACAUUGGCGUCCUAAUGUACGGAAUCGCAGAAGCCUCGGCCGCGUACCUCGUCACAAAAGUCACUGAGCCGCCACCUCCCCCUUCGGCUGUGCUGGAAUGGACGCAGACUCAGACAAAGUGGAAUAAGCGCGAGAAGAUGCUGUCGAAUGGGAUCGUUGAGAGUGAAGGGUUUAAGUCGGUUGGGCUGCCUGGUGGUUGGGGAAGUAGUCCGGCUGAGGUUACGAAGCCGUUGGCAGAGAGUGUCAAGGAAGCAGUUGGGUCUUCCGUGUCAGAAAAGAAGAUUUCUUAGGGUGU